AUGAAUGUGGCCAAAGAGUUGGGCGCCGACCAAACCAUUCACAUCGAUCUGAAGUCAUUCAAUGUGGAGACAUAUGUGGCCAAAGUGAAGGAGGCGUUGGGCGGCCAGGGGGCCAACGUGACCUUCGAGUGCACGGGCAACGAGGGCAGCACCAAAGUGGCCAUCUAUGCCACCAAUAAUGGCGGCAAAGUGGCGCUCGUGGGUCUCGGCCCGCUCGAGGUGAGCGCCCCGUUAGUCAACGCGUCGCUCCGGGAGGUGGACAUCAUCGGAGUGUGUCGUUUCCGUAACUGUUACCCGAUGGCCAUCUAUCUGCUAGAGAAGGGUCUCGUGAAUCUGAAACCACUGGUCACUCAUAAGUAUCCAUUGGAGCGAUCGCUGGACGCGUUCAACAAGAUUGACUACUGGUCGCGAGGCUUAUCGCCGGCCACUUUGCGGGACUCGUACUCUCGUUUGGCGGCCCUUAAGAGCGCAUUCGUUAGGAAAUUCCUACCAUCGAUCGAUUCGGUCCGUACGGACGGCAAUGGGUUUCCUAUAAAACAAAACACAUGGUUGUAA